AUGUCACAGGCAGAUAUUAGGAAGUGGUUUAUGAAGUCGCACGACAAGGGCAAUGGCAAGAAACCUGCGCCAACUACUUCUCAGACUCCUUCUACAGCUAAGGAAGAGCCUAAAGAACCAGUGCAUGGAGGUCAAGAGAAUUCAGGCAGGAGGAAAACUAGUAAGUAUUUUACCACAGAUAAGCCAAAAGCUGAAAAAGAAACUGAAGUUCCAGCCAAAAGAAAAACUCACAAGGAGCCUGAUGAAUCCGUGAAACCCUCACCUGCAAAAAAAGUUCACAAAGUUGUUGAUGAUGACGAUGAUUUUGUCUUACCUCAUUUGAAGAAGAACUCAGUUGAUGCGACUCCUAGUAAGAAAUUGAAGAGUGCAUCUGGUGUGGGAGUCCCACAGAAACUUACGGCUAUUGAUGAAGGUGGUGAUGAUGACGUCAAGGAUGCUGAAUCUCCUCACAAGCCUGGUGGUAGGGGUCGUGGUGGAAGAGGUACUUCGGCAGGACCAGCUGGUGGAAGAGGCAGGGGAGCUGGACGAGGUGGAUUUAUGAAUUUCGGAGAUAGAAAAGAUCCUCCACACAAAGGAGAAAAGGAAGUUCCUGAAGGUGCUCCAGAUUGUUUAGCUGGUUUAACUUUUGUAAUUAGUGGUACACUUGACAGUUUGGAAAGAGAGGAAGCAGAGGAUUUGAUAAAACGUCAUGGCGGUCGUAUUACUGGAUCUGUCAGCAAGAAAACGAACUAUCUUUUAUGUGAUGAAGAUAUUGAGGGAAGGAAAUCCUCUAAAGCCAAAGAACUUGGUACUGCUUUUCUCACUGAGGAUGGACUGUUUGAUAUGAUUCGGGCAUCUAUCCGUGCUAAAGUAUCUGUGCCAGAGGCAAAGAAAUCUGUGGAUGAUGCGGCAGCAGCAUCUUUGCCCAAGAAAAGUCCUAAUAAAGUAGCAUCAAAGAGCACUUGA